GAGACGGCCAAGGCUGGAACGGCGGCGGGAAUUACCGGAAAUAGGUCAAUGUGGCACUCGAAGGGGAUGUAGUGGCUGCUCUCGCUCGGAAUGUCAUCUUGUUGUCCUGUUGCACUGCAUGAUGAGCUGACACACGACUAUGGAGGCUGACAGGAGCGCGAUCAAACGCUCAAGAUCAGCCUCAUCUUCUUCUUCAAUCUCAGACAUCAGUAGUCGAUCACUUUCUUUCAGCCCACCUCCGAAGUAUCAUCGAGGUUCAACCUCUAACUCUACCAAAUUCACCUGCAGCCUCGAACCUACAUGCUCGGGCCCUGGACGCAGUUCCUCCUAUGCCACUUCGGAGGAGCUCUCACGACAUCAUGACGCAUUCCACAAAUGGGUCUGUCGGACGCUCGUCCGGGAUAAGGCUGACGAGCCUGCAACUCCGACGAACGGACCAUCCAAGAAGAUGACAGAGUGUUGCAAGGCUUUCCCAGAGGAGCGCCUCUUGUCCCUUCACCAGGCGGAGACUCAUGAUCCUAUCAUCCAGGAACGGCAAAACAGAGGGGACAAGAUUUUUGAAUGCUUUCUGCCCAAGGGACAGUGUCAAAAGACCUUCCUGACACCUGCCAAACGGCGCCGACACUUGAUUGACAAGCACCAUUACCCCAAAGACUACUUCUUCUCCAUCACUAACCAUGGGGUGAGUUUGUGUGAUUGUGCCCAUGUUGAUGAUGUCAGAUCAAUCGCUUGGUCGAGGAAGAUGGUCUAGCUAGCCAGCGUCUUUUCCGUCACCAAGUCGAGUGGGUCCUGUGGCUCAGUCUGAUCCCUCUCCGGUACAAGCGAAAGAUGUCAAUGACAUCGACAUGGAUGCCUUGACGACUGCUCUAGACAGCAGUUUGCAGUUCCAUCCACGAGGUAUCCGCAAAA